GCUUUGAACAACAACACCAUCAAAAACAACAUCAAACGACCACUCCGAGCCAUGCAGCUUCCCGCCUGGACGGGCACGCCGCCUCGACCGGUCGCCCCGACGAGUCCCCUCCGACCGCGCGGCCGAGCGGCGCAUGCGGCGUUCACGGCGCACGGUCCGCGGGUGGCGGGCCUGGCGGGCCUGGUGGCGGGCGGAGCUGCGCGUCUACCACGAGAAGUGAAGAAGAAGGUGGGCUCGCAGGUCAUCGACAUGGCCCGUUUGGAGGAGCGCUUUCGCGAGAUGCAGGGCAUGCGUGCGCGAGAUCUGCGGGAAGAGCUGGAAGGCUUAGGCAUUUCCACCGCAGGGUGUGUUGAUCGUGAGUCGCUGGUGGAAGUCCUUGAAAAGGAGGGCCGGAAGAUGCUCCUAGAAGCUGGUUCUGCGUCCUCUUCUUCCACUGCAUUGUCUCCAUCCAAGAAGGUCCUCUCUAGAAUGGAAGAGCUUAGAGCAUUGAGGGCACGAGAUUUGAGAAGAGAAUUGAAUGAGCUUGGUUUGAACACGGAGGGCCGCGUCGACCGGGAGUCGCUGCUGGAGCUUUUGGAGGCCCCGGAGGCGAUCGAGGCGAUGGAAAGAGCUUCAGAUGGGCAUUCCGAAGGUGUGACGGAGGAGCCGAAGAAGGAGAAGGUGAACCAGAAAGAAGUUAAGGAGAAAGAGCUUGAGGAAAAAGAGGAGCCAAAAGAAAAGCAGAAGAAAACCAAUCCUUUCAAAGACGCAGAACCACCACCGGUGGCGGCACAACCAAAAGCCGGUGGAGCUGAAGCUCGAAUACAUUUGAUGAGAGCGAUCAGUGACCAUGGCUUUAAAACCAAGGCACGAGUCAUCACCCUGGACCUUGAGGUUGGUUGUAGCCCACUACGCUUUGUAGUGGACACCGCAUGCUACCACUCGAUCAUGAAGGAAAAUUUGGUGGAAAACCUCUUCCAAGCAUGCUUCAGUGGCCAGCCGGAUUGGGCGAAGGAAGAGGCUCCGGGUUCAGGCAUUCGACAGGCGACGAUCAGCAAUGCAUGGCUGGCGGAUGGAAAAAUUUCAUGUGGAGAUGUACUCAUUGCAACCAUUCCAGAUGACGAGUUGCCAGUGCCUGGAGGUUGUGCAGGCAUCUUAGGAUUGGAUUUUCUCACGCUUUUUGACUGGGACUUCGACAUCGAUGCGAAGAAGGCUCAGAUUGCUACUGCUCCCAAGGAGCGCAAGGCACCUUUGCCCUUCGAUGUCUCUUUGAUGAUUCCCGUACCCCUCCUGAAGAUCAGGACACCGAGUGGCAAUGAGCUCUAUGCUUGUCAAGUGAAGUUGGCAACUCCAGGGCAAGAUUUAGAGGAGGUGAAGUUCAUACAAGGCUUUCCCGAUUUGGCCUCUGCCCAUACUCUUUGCAACAAGGAUGCAGCCAAGGGAAUGAAGAAGCCCAAGGUCAAAAACAAGGGUUUUGGAGCAUCCGGCUCCGUGCCGGAGAAGAAGAGAAAGUUUGUGGAUGUGCGGACAGAAGAAUUGCCGGCGGUCUUUGGCAUUGGCAACUCUGCGGAAGGUUGCUGUGUGCGGGAAAAUCCGGUUUUGGCAGGAGAUGUCGAAGCUUUCCAAGUCCUACGUUUGACCGAAUGGCCCUCAGUGAUUUUAGGUGCUGAUCUUUUGGUUCGGGAGCGGCUGGUCUUGUCUUUUCGACGGAAUCGGAUGUACCUUCCCUCCUUUAAGUCAGCAGCAAUUGACGUGUAAACGGUGCAGCUUUCCGGCUGACGUGGAUUUUGCCUGUUGAGACAAAAAGGAGCGUAGAAAGCAUCUGAAGUGAAGGAGCCAGA